CAGCGACUCAGCGUAUGCCGCCAGCUGCAGCAGGGAAGGAGGGAAUUUUGGAAGUUGAAUGGAAUGUCAACUUCAAAUCAAAACAGUCAAAUCUCACUUUUUGUCCUCCUCUCGCUCUGUCUAGUGUCUACUUUUAUAUCUCAAUUUUGAUUGUAAUCUUCUUGCCUACUCUAAGGUUAAAAACUAAUUCGUUAAAACCUUAGGAAAACAUCACGUUUAACGUACCAAGAACACAAAGGAAAAAUGAUUUGCAGUUUAUCAGAUUUCCCACCUCUCCCUGAGAGUAAUCACUUACCAGUUUGUCUUACUGAAGGGAAAGUCCAAUACAGCGCCCCCAUGUUCACAAAUGUCCAUAUCUACACUACUGCUUUGUCAUCCCACCCUCACAUAGUGAUAACAAAUGAAAUGUUACAUCCUUCAAUGUCCAAAGAGGACGGUAGCAAAGUGUUCCUGCCAGUUUCACAAACUUUGUGGAAAAAACUCCAGCAUACCUGGUACGAGAAAGGAUUUGUCCCGAUGCUAGAAGUGGCUGCACAUCCGAGAGAAAACCAAGGCUUUAUAGUUUUAGAGUUUGUCGCCAAACAAAUGUUGGCCGCAAUACGCUUUGCUUCAACUCUUCAUAAUGUUGUUCCUGGGUACAAGAAGAAGGUUAAGGAAGAUCUGAUGGUAUCUCAGAACCCCGUGUACAGUAGUAGCAACAUCCGGUGUCUGGCGUGGCAUCCCCACUGCACAAGACUGGCCGUGGCCGCUAGUGACGACUCUAUCAGGGUGUAUCUGGACAACUCACAGCUGACUCCGUUGCUCAAGUGUCGGGGACAGCGCUUCGUCUCCUGUCUCGUCUGGAGACCACUGUGUGGGUCGGAGCUGGCAGUUGGCUGUGAGGUUGGAGUGCUUGUGUGGCAUGUAGACCCUAACUCUGUCAUUACUCGUCCGUCUGCCUCCAACACACAGCUGCUGACUCGUCGAGGCCACACGCACGUGUCUGAUCUCGCAUGGAGCCCUCAGGGGGACCUGCUAGUCAGUGGCAGUGCCCGAGACCAGACCAUGUAUGUGUGGGCUGUAGGACUAGACAAUGCUGUACCUCUCAAGAGAGUGGGUGGUGGUGGAAUAAGCCUAGUGUCUUGGUCACCUGACUCUCUGAAACUGUUUGCCGCUACUACCAACAUGGUGUUGUGUUUCAGGGGGACCUGCUAUGGCAGUGCCCGAGACCAGACCAUGUAUGUGUGGGCCGUAGGACUAGACAAUGCUGUACCUCUCAAGAGAGUGGGUGGUGGUGGAAUAAGCCUAGUGUCUUGGUCACCUGAUUCUCUGAAACUGUUUGCCGCUACUACCAACAUGGUGUUCAGGGUGUGGGAGACGUGUCAGUGGAAUGCUGAUCGCUGGGCGUUGACAGUUGGUCGUGUGGUGUCUGCCGUCUGGUCUCCGUGCUCCUCUCUUGUUCUCUUCGCUGUGUCCCUGGAGCCUGUCAUAUACUCCCUGAUGUGCAGUCAGACUGCCGGCGUGUUCCAGGAGGAGGACCGUCGGGCUGCCACUCCCUUGAUAGACCUCACCCCGGUGGAACUCGACAACGGAGAAAGGGUGGGAGGUGAAGUCAGCAGUCUGGCGUGGGACAAGAAGGGACGUUACCUUGCAGUUACGUUCAAACAGUGUGAUAUCAUAGCUGUGUUCAUGACUUCUCUAGGUCAUACUCUGCAUGUGUCACCUUGUUGCUUUAUCAAAGGAGUUGCUAACGAGUCACCUGCAGUUAUUUCAUUCCAGAACAACUUUAAUGAUGGUGCUAACCUCACAAUUGGUUGGUCCAGUGGCCGAGUCCAGUACUUCCCCAUCAUCUACUCGGAGCUGGAGUCCCAUGACAGGAGUUAUGGAAACAUUACAAACUACGAUUUACCAAACGUCUCUUCCUACGCAUCUCCCUCGGCGUUCCAUGAUUACACUUUAAAUUGAUUCUUUGCUCACCCUUUAGUCUUGUACAUUGAUUUAUAUUUAUAGAUAAAUAAAGUGAUCUUUCUAUU